ACGCUCUGUUAUUUACCUUCUCCAGCAGAGAAGCAGUGGAGGUCAGGCGACAGCUCUCCGUUAUGGCCCAACAGUGGCUGUUUCAUUUUAUGGGAGCACUGGUUAUAAUAUCGUUUUUUAAACUAACGGCGUGAGUGUGUUGCUGUCUGCGCUCGUAAAGUAUAUUUGACUGCGCACUUGGCGUCUGUGUAGUACGUAAACAAACAUGACCGCGACCGUUUCGAGGGAGAGACAUACUGCCGUCGCUGCAGACUCCGCUGACUCGUCUUUCUCCAUAUCUGCAAGCCUCCUGCGACUCUUUAAACACAUCAAAUAUGAAAAUCUCGCGGCAGGACUCAGUGGAGGCGUUAUUUCCACAAUGGUGCUACACCCCCUGGAUCUGGUCAAAAUAAGGUUUGCAGUAAGUGACGGUCUGCAAAUGCGUCCCCAAUACGAUGGCAUGUUGCACUGCAUGAAGACCAUCUGGAAGCUAGAAGGGAUCCGGGGUCUCUAUCAGGGUGUAACCCCCAACAUCUGGGGGGCUGGGGCAUCAUGGGGCCUGUACUUCCUCUUUUAUAAUGCUAUUAAAGCAUACAAACAGGAGGGGCGGCAAACAGAGCUGAGUGCAGGUGAACACCUGGUGUCUGCAGCAGAGGCAGGCAUUCUGACGCUUUGCCUCACCAACCCGGUCUGGGUGACAAAGACCCGGCUGGUGCUGCAGUACAAUGCAGAUCCUUCACGGAAGCAGUACAAGGGAAUGAUGGACGCCCUCGUGAAAAUAUACCGUCACGAGGGUAUCCCAGGACUAUACAGGGGCUUUGUGCCAGGGCUGGUGGGGACUUCCCAUGCUGCAUUACAGUUCAUGACCUAUGAGUGCCUGAAGAGGGAGCAAAAUAAAUAUAAGAAGAUGCCAUCUGAAUCACUGCUGUCUCCACUGGAGUACAUCACCAUGGCAGCCAUCUCCAAAAUAUUUGCAGUGGCAGUAACUUACCCAUACCAGGUUGUGCGUGCUCGCCUGCAGGACCAGCACAAUAACUACAGCGGAAUCGUGGAUGUCGUCCGUAGAACGUGGAGCAACGAGGGGAUUGAGGGCUUUUACAAAGGGAUGGUCCCCAACUUGUUGCGAGUCAUUCCAGCAUGCUGCAUCACCUUCUUGGUGUUUGAAAACGUGUCACGCUUACUGUUGGGCGAGUAUCAUUAAACCUUCAUGUGGAUGAGGACACACCAACGGAACAAUGGACCAACACAAAAUAUGGCAGGACUGUGUAUGUGUGUUGGAGAAGAGCAGGGAAAUUAAACAUUUCCUGUUUAACUCUAAAUUCGAUGUGCAGACAAAACUAGGAUUGAGUGUUUGCACUGAAUGAAAAGUAGAAAAUUGAGGUGCAUAUCCAGUAAAUGACAAUGAUGUUUCAGAUUUAUUGUAUUGUUGAUACUUACGUUUAUUGGGACAUAUUGACUAGUUCACCCAAAAAUGAGAUUUCUGUCUUAAUUUACUCACUCUCAUGUCGUUUCAAACCCAUUUGAAUUUCUGUCUUCUGUGGAACACAAAAGGAGAUGUUUAGCAGAAUAUCGGAGCUGCUCUCUUCAGUACAAUGAGUGUAUUGAGAGCUCUAAAAGGGACAGAAAAAAAGCACCAUAAAAAUGCAACUUGACUUGUGCACUAUUUUCCAAAUCUUCUGAAGAUAUUUGAUAGCUAUAUGUGAGAUACAAAUUAAAAUUUUCAUUGUUCACUGAAAAUCUUGCCUUGAAAAUGUAGCUUUACAGUACACCACUGACUUUCAUUGUUUGGACAAGAGCAGCAAGAACAUUCUACUAAACUUCUCCUUUUAUGUUCCAUGGAAGAAAGAAAUUCAUAUGGGCUUGAAAUGACAUAAUUUCAGAAUUUUCAUUUCUGGGUGAACUAUCCCUUUAAGGUGUUCAUUUAAUUAACCAGAGAGAUGCACGAAGUGUCCAUAUCAUCUCUUAGAUUGAUAAAUAUUAGAGUAUAGAUGAGUGUAACAUUACAAACACCAUGAUUUCAAGCUGUCAGUGACAAGAGGUCAUAAAACGGGUCAUGGAAAACUGGAUUCAAGCCAUCCUGUGAUAGUGCAACCCAACUCGAUACUCACCAAAGGAGAUGUUUGUCUUUUUUAUGUUGUCACAAAACAGCUGCUUCAUUUGUUCAGCUAUGCGAGAGAAUGAACCCAUUUACCUUCGGUCACUAAGCAAAUCUCCGCUGGCUUUUAGGUGCCCAAGACGAGACUCACUGGGCAUGCUCAGGAAAUGACAAAACGCUACAGGAUAAUAGCAUACAGACCUGACAGAAACUUAUACCUUACUGGAGGACACAAGCAUAUUUUAAACAGAUGUCUGUGGAUUGAGAAGAAGAUUUUAACUGGAAGACAGAAGAUAAAUGAAGAAGAAGAACUACGUUACGUAGCAACUGAGAGGCCAUUGGAAAUGUAAAUAAAAAUUUGCUAUUGUCUAUCACGCACAAAAAAGAUAGCUGAUGUAUGUAUAAGCCAUUUUUACACAUCUAAUAAAACAAUAUAAAUGUAAAAGACA